AUGAAUUCACGUAUUUUGAAGCAAUAUGAAGAUGCGAUUCGCGCAUGUCGUAUGAAUAAGCCAGUUGAUACCAGUGAAUUGCCAUGCCCUCUGGGAUAUCCACCACUGCCUUCUUCCGGAACAGCCGUUGCUCCAGCCAGUGCUACAUCUGGAACAGCUGCACCGCCCAAAAGGCCGCUUCCCGAAGUUGGACCUUUCGCUGCGCCCGAACAGACAGAAUCUGGAAGGCAGUCACGUCAAAAACAACAACUGGAUUUCCUGCUCAAGCGGCAAAUGCAGUUCAAGCAAGCUGCUGUGGCAGCAAAGAAUAAGGGCGAUAUUGAAGCGGCCAAAAAAUUCCUCCUUGCAGCUAAGGUAACAAGAAAAUAUUUUAAAGUUCGAAGAAGCAGACAAGAACAAUUUCUACCCGCAUGCACAGUUCGGUCUGUGUAUACAGCUAAGGGAUGA